AUGCCAGUACGAAGGUCAGGGGCAACGAAGGCUACGCCCAGCUCCGCAAAGUCCCAUAAGCGCCAAUUGUCAGAAACCCCAGCUACUGUCACACCAAGCAGCAGAAUUUCCAAGAGAUUGAAGGAGUCUGCGGAAAAGACCAAGGUCACGCCCACGAAGAGCAAGUACUUUGAAGAGCCAGACCUUGAAGAUGACGAGGUCUCCGACAAUCCGGCAGAUGAAGUCCAAGACCCGGGGUAUGAGGAUGAGGAUGCAUCCAUGACAGAGCCGCAGACUUCUAGUGAAGAAGAAGACGACGAAGACGACUAUGAUUCUGACGAAGAUGUGAAGCCACACAGGCCAAAGAAGAAGGCGAAUGGCACGAAGGCAGGCAUUGGCGCGGCAUCAGCCAUUGCUAAUGAGAAAGAACUCUGGCGACCUGGCGUCCAGACAGGCUUGGGCCCAGGUAAACAGGUUUUCAUUGCAAAGCCAAAGCCCAGGGGAGAUGGCGGUGUCAAAUAUAUGCCAGACAGAAUCCAUCCGAACACCAUGGCAUUUCUAAAGGACCUCAAGAACAACAAUGACCGAGAAUGGUUGAAAAUGCAUGACCCAGACUAUAGGCAAUCGUGGAAAGACUGGGAAAGCUUUGUCGAGACCCUGACAGAGAAGAUCUCACAGAUCGACGAAACAAUACCUGAGCUCCCACCCAAAGACCUGGUAUUCAGGAUCUAUCGAGACGUCAGAUUCUCUCCUGACCCGACGCCUUACAAGCCACACUUCUCGGCGGCAUGGUCUCGGACGGGACGAAAGGGACCGUAUGCAGCCUACUAUGUUCAGAUUCACCCAGGAGGAAAAAGCUUCGUUGGUGCUGGACUCUGGAUGCCUGAAGCCCAACCACUGGCUCUUCUGAGGACUAACAUAGAUAGAAAGUCGCACAAGUUGAAGCGUGUGCUGAUGGAGCCCCAAAUGCGAAAACAAAUCUUGGGGGGAGCCUCGGACGAGAGGAAGGCCAUCAAGGCUUUCGUGGCGCAGAACUCUGAAAAUGCUUUGAAAACGAAACCAAAGGGUUAUGACGCCGACAAUCCCAAUAUCGAAAUGCUGCGCUUGCGCAAUUUCACGCUCGGCAAGGCGAUACCGGACGAGAAAGUCCUAAGUGAGCAUGGUUUGCAGAAUAUCCUUGACUUGAUUGGUGUCCUGGUACCCUUUGUCACGUACCUCAAUAGCGUAGUCAUGCCCGAUGAGGAUGACUCCAGCAGUGAUGGCACAGACGGUUGAGCGUUGAUACAUUGUGACAAGAUGGUAAAGAUGAUGAAUAUUGCCACCGACGUUUGAAUAGCUCGGAUGAACAUACCUCUUUCAAGAAAAAGAUACUCGCUGGAAAAGAACUCUUUUGGGCGCAAAGGGGCUCGUGCUGGUGUGCAAUAUUGCCAAUGCUGGGGCCUCUGCACACAAUCCCUGCAAACCCCACACCUACCUGGCCAGCUGGCUCUGUGUUACACUACUUCCUUGGUGGAGUAUACUCCGGUUGUGUUGCGUGCACAGCUGAAUGAGAAGUGAUGUGUGAUGCACUUUGUAUUUGACGUCAAAUCACCAAUUGUGCGCAGCAAAUAUCGUCCCAUCAUCAGUCGUGCUGUGUUGACGCUGUUGAGGCGUCCAAUUGUAAGUGGAGUCACAUGACGCUGUGGUUGAUCGCCC